AUGUCUAAAAAUCUACAUUCUGAUAAGUUAUCAUCGGCUCGAUCUGAAAAUAGUUUACUUUGCCUGACUAAGAAAUUUAUGCAGCUAAUUAGAGCAUCAAAAGAUAAAAUUAUUAAUUUAAAUAUGGCGGCUACUGAACUAUGUGUUCAUAAAAGAAGAGUGUACGAUAUAACAAAUGUUUUGGAAGGACUAGGCUUACUUAGUAAAUGGUCUGUAAGCAGUGCAAGAUGGAUAGGAGGAAAUAUUGACGAUCAUAUAGGCAGUGAAAGUGAAAAUAAAGAAAAUGUUGUGUCUAGCAGUGGAAAAUUUAUAACACAGGAAGAGAAAAAUCUUGAUUUACAAAUAGCUGAACUAAAUAGUAAAAUUGAAGAAAUGUCGCAAAAACAAAGUAAUCUUGAAAAUGCUUAUGUAACUUUUAACGAUUUACAAUCUAUACCAAGUUUAAAAGAUAAAUUAAUUUUUAGUAUUAAGGCACCAUCAGACAUGGUAAUGGAUAUCCCUAAAUAUGAAAAAGGAACAUAUAAACUGCAUCUUACUUCAGAAGCCGGUAACAUCAUGGUAUACUAUGUAUCGGACGAAGUAGUAGAAUAA